CAGGGCUCUGCCUCAUUUUCCUCCCAGCACUUCCCCAUCGAUAACUCGAGCCGACCACCUGAUCAUGGAGGUAGAAACCCCAGCUCAGACAGAGCGCCGCGAGCAGCAGCAGCUCCCUAGCGGCGCCGGCACCCGUGUCGCUGCUAAACCGCUCCACCGCAACCCCCGCCUGGUCGUCAGCUUCCUCCUCAUGGUCCUCGGCUCGGCGUCCAGCCCGCUCCUUCUCCGCACGUACUACCUCCACGGCGGCAACCGCAAAUGGCUCUCCAGCCUGCUCCAAAGCGCUGGGUGCCCGCUGCUACUCGCUCCGAUCUGCGCCUCCUUCUUCUCUCGCCGCCGGUGCUCUGCCACCACGCCGCUCUUCCUCAUGUCACCCCGGCUCCUGGCCGCGAGCAUCGUGGUCGGCCUCAUGGCCGGCCUGGACGGCCUCCUCUACGCCUACGGCAUGGCCUACCUCCCCGUGUCCACCUCCUCCAUCCUCAGCGCGACGCAGCUUGCCUUCACGUGCGGCUUCGCCCUGCUGCUCGUGCGCCAGCGGUUUACGCCCUUCUCCGUCAACGCCGUGGUGCUGCUCAGCGUCGGCGCCGUCAUGCUGGGGAUGAACGCCGGGGGGGACCGCCCCGCGGGGGUGUCCCGGGCGCAGUACUCUGCGGGGUUCGCCACGACGCUUGGCGCCGCGGCGCUGUACGGGUUCAUGCUGCCCGUCAUGGAGCUCAGCCAGGCGCGGCACGCCGCACGCACCGGCUGCGCCGUCACGUACACACUCGUCAUGGAGAUGCAGAUCGUCAUCGGGCUCCUAGCCACGGCCUUCAGCGCCGUCGGUAUGCUCGUCAACAAGGACUUCCAAGCAAUCCCAGGGGAAGCCCAGGAAUUUGGGUUCGGCAAGGCGGGCUACUACCUGCUGCUGGCCGGUUCAGCCAUCGUGUACCAAUGCCUUUUCCUUGGUACCAUGGGCGCAGUCUUCUACGGCUCAGCGCUGCUCGCCGGCGUCAUCCUGACCGUCCUCAUCCCGGUAACCGAGGUGCUUGCUGUCUUGUUCUUCCACGAGCCAUUCAAUGGCAUCAAAGGCAUCGCCCUCACCCUCUCAGUCUGGGGUUUCGUCUCGUACUUCUAUGGCGAGAUUCACAACAAUGCGCAACAGUCUGACAAAUCACCAAAUACAGAGCAAUUAGAUCAUUAAAUGAUCAUCCCUAUUCACAUUGUGGUGGUCCUUGAGUUGUCGGGUGUUCUAUUGCAACCAUGAAAAGUUUCUAGUAUUGCUAUGAAGCUAUAUGGAGAUGAAAAUAAACUAUCACAAGCUUGGAUGUAUGCAAAUGCAUCAAGUCAUGUUUC